AUGGUUUAUCAUACAGUUAGAGAUGCUUGCUAUGCAAUUGGUAUGUUAGGUGAUGAUAAGGAGUACAUAGAUGAUUCGCAGCUUGAUGAAGAUGGUUUGAAAAAGUUUACACUUGUGGAAAUUGAAAAUAAGCUGCGGAGUAGUAAUAAGAGUCUAGCUGAUUUUCAAACACUGCAGUUCCCAAACAUGUCGCUUCUCCCACAAAUUCAAAAUAGACUUAUCUAUGAUGAACUCAAAUAUGACAUAAGUGCAUUGGUUGCGGAACAUUUGGAGUUAUUGUCAAGUCUCAAUGACGAACAAAGGGUUAUCUAUGACAUGAUAAUUGCACGAGUAAAUGAGAGUUGUGGUGGUUUAUUUUUCCUUUAUGGUUACGAAGGUACUGUCAAGACAUAUAUUUGGAGAACGCUUUCGGCUGCUCUAAGGUCAAAAGGUGAAAUAGUACUGACAGUUGCUUCAAGUUGA